UGAAUAGUGUCUCUCUCGACGAGUAACCCGAGCCGGGCUCUGGGCGUGCUUGGCUCUCCGCUUCUCCCCAAGCUCCCCGGCUCUCCUCCUAACCCCCCUCCCAGCCUCCCUGCGACUCCCACCUUUCCCCACCCCUUUGGUCCCUCCCAGCAGCAGCUCCGCGGGGCAGGAGGUGGCUUGAGUCGCGACUGCAAAGCGCCGCGCACGGAUUCUCACCCCGCGUCCCUCCAGCGCGGCCGUGACGGACGCAGAGUCCGGUGGAGCGAGCGGGUUGAGCGAGCGAGAGGGUGAGAGGGUGGUAGGGAGGGAGACGGAGUGAGCGAGCGAGAGGGGAGGAGCGAGCGAGAGGGUGAGUGGGUAGAUAAUUGGUCGAGUGCGUGCGUGAGUUGGCGAGCCAGGGAGCGCGGAGUGAAUUGUUGUUGAGCGAGCGCGACAGCGAGCGAGCGAGCGCGUGCGUGAGUGAGUGAAUGAGCAAGAGAGCGCGGUUGAGUUGAGCGAGCGGGCGAAGCGAGCAAGUCGUCGAUUCAGCGGUUGAAUACUCGAGUGAGCAGGUGGUUAGGUGAGCGAGCGAGCGAGCCAGUGCGUGCGCGCUGUCAACGAGUCGGCGAGCAGAUCAUUGGAGCGGGGAAGAGGGGUGGGGUGGGGGGUAGCCCAGCUAGUGUCCACCAUGGGCGAGCAGCCGCCUCGGGCGGAGCUCACGGCUGCCGAGGAGCUCCACAAGGCCGAGAGCGAUGGUCGCGCCACGCCGUCGUCUUUGAGCGCCGUGGCCAAAGACUCCGCGGGCGCCGCCGUCGACACCGCGGGGGUCCACGCGUUGCUCGAGCGACUCCUCAAGACGGUGGAGAGCGUGCAGGAGUCGCAGGUGAAGAUGGAGCAGCGGCAGGGGGACAUCGAGGGCACGGUGAAGGCCAUCGAGGCGGAGGUGGAGGGCUUCUGCCGGGCGCACGCGGCCACGGCGGGCGCGGUGAGGCAGGUGCUGGAGAAGGCGCGCAAAGUGAGCGCGAACGUCAAGGACGUGCGGGUCCGCCUCGACAAGCAGAGCCACGAGGUGAAGAAGCUGGAGGCCAACCACGCCGAGCUGAUGAAGAGGAACAACUUCCGAAUCAUGGUCUACCAGGAGGGCUCCGACGCCCCGAUCUCCAUCGCGACGAGCAGCAAACGCUCCAAGUCUGAGCUGGCCACAGGUGGAGCAGCCGCGGCUGCUGCAGGCGGAGCCGCGGCUGGAGCCGGUGGGGCGGAGCCACGAAACGGAGCCGAGGCGUCGGUGUUGGAGGCGUCUCCCAAAGAGAUCGUGGACGAGUCGACCAACCCGUUCGAGGCGGACGCGGAGGCGCUAAACCUCUCGUCAGACGAGGACGUGGAGAUGAUCGAGGAGGUGGAGUCGACGGCGUCGAAGCUGCGCCGGACCGGCAAGAAGCGCGUGGAGAGCAUCAAGAAGGCGUUCUCUCGGGAGAACUUCGAGAAGAAGGUGAACAGGAUCGUGUCGCCCGAGAAGCGCGAGAAGAUCAAGAGCACGUUCACGCACCGCCACAAGGCGUCGGCGGACGCGGGCGAGGCGCACGGCGGGGGCGAGCCGUCCUCGGCGGGCGACGCCUCGGCCGGGGAGGCUCCGUCCACUCCGGGGGAGACGCGACGGGGGGACGACGACAAGGUCGAGGUGCGGGACGCUCACGGGGUGGCGGCCGAGGUCCCCGCGGACCCGGCCGCCCCGGGGACGCCGUCGUCCUCCACGGCGUCGCAGCGCUCGUCCAGCAUGAAGCGCAUGGAGAACAUGAAGAAGGCCAUGAGUCGCGAGAACAUCGAGAAGAAGGUGGACACGCUGGGCAGGAAGAUCGUGCCACCCGAGAAGCGCGACAAGAUCAAGAAGUCGCUGACGCCCGACCACAAGAAGGGCGCGCGCUCCAACACCUCGUCCUUCAAGGUGCCGCCCUUCAGCUUCACCGUGAAGAAGUUCAGGGAGGGCGACGCCGUGGAGGUGGAGGAUUUCGAGAUCGACCCCAACAACGUGGAGAUCCUGAGCGGCAGCGAGACGCUGCCCGACGACCACGGCCACCACCGCGCGCUCGGGGAGACCCCUCCGCCUGACCCCCAGGAGCCGCACGGCGAGGCGGGGUCCCCGACCUUCGCGGCUCGGAUCGCGCCGCCGGCGCCAGGCGGUGACGAGGCUCUGGCGGCGCUCGCCUCCGUGGAGCAGAAGGCGUGAAAGGAGGGACGAGCGCCGAGGUGGAGGAGACGGAGCGAGAGACGUUGACCUGGGUCGCGCGACGCGGCGUGGCCGCCGGGGGAAUUCGUGGCGCGCUCGGGGUGGGGGGGGGGGGGGUGGCGUGUUUUGAGUGGUGUUUUGAGAAUGACGUUAGAACUUGGGAUCUGAGUUGAUGAAGUGAACUGAGUCACGUGGCAUGGAGGCAUAGAGGAAGAGGUGGGGGGUGAUGAGGAUCGCGGACGUGGAUCGGGAGCCGUGGGAAUUUCAUGGAGCGGCGGGAUGGAUCUGGAGCCGAAGCUGUUCGGAUCACGCGUGGUUCAGAUGGAUGUGGGGAUGGCAUGAGCGGAUGAGUUCAUCCGUCGGGAUGAAAUGGAACAGAUGGGUUUAUCAGAAAGUGAAAGAAUCGCGUGGAUUGAAAUGGAGCUGAAUGGAUGGCAUGGGUCACGGGUGCCAUGCAGGAUGACGCGGGUAAGAGCUACGGAUGUGGAACUGGGAGGCGAAUCGCGUGGAGCAGAUGGUUGGAGCUGAAGCCGAGUAGGUGACGUCGAGCAGGGGAGCGGCACCGUGGAGAUCACGAGGAGCGGAUGGACAGAGAUGAAGCUGGGGGACGAGGAGGGUGAGGAGGACGAGGGAGAGAUUUGCGGCGUUAACGAUCUACACAUCGCUCGCUCGCUCGCGCGUGGAGGCUCAAUCCGCCCGACCUAUCGAGCCAAAUUUUCGCUUCUGUCUCAUUGCCGGCGGGCGCGGCGGCUCCUGCUCGUCUUUCAUGUGCUUGCGAACGCACAUAGGCAAGCAGCGCACACGUCCUAGCAGGGUGUGAAUCUCGCCAGGUGGGAGGGGGGGUGCAGAGGCGAGCUACGGUGGUGAGGGUUGCAGUGAGGGUAGGCGAGGUGGUUUGUGGUGGGGUGGGGGGUGGGUUGUGGAGGAGCAGAUAUGGGUGCAGCACAACAGCCGCGGGGGGGGGGGGUUAUGGGAGUCGGGGUGAUGUAAUGUUCACUGAUGUGAAAACGAUCUCCACAGCUCCGGGGCUAGUCCGCUGAGCAAAAGCCAUGAAGUUGGUGCAGGUGUGGCCCUGCACUCGUGCUGCGUGAUUUAUAAGCAAAGGUUCCGAGCAGUGAACGAUGGUGAUCACGACGCUGCUUUGUUUAUAGGGAUGAUUGUGGUGGUGGUGGUGGUGGAGGUUGGUGGUUCAGUACAACAACACGACAACAGGACAACAACAACACAACUACGACAACACAACACCAACACAACAAAAAUACAGCAACGCAACCUUUACAUGUAUCUACGGGACCUUUAUUGCCACUCUCAAAAUGGUGAAAUAAGAAGAAUCGGCUUUGCCCCUUCAUGGCCAAAACCGCAGGAGGCGUUCAGAUGUUCAAACACCAAUAGACACCUAUUGCAAGGCACCGAGUCUGCAUAAACCACACAAGUACAUGUGGCGACACAUUAAAACAAGCGUGCUCUGAUAAUAUGGGCAUUGUCUUUGAAACUGAUUGGCCUACUACACCAGAGACCAGCCUCCUUUAUGGCCUUGUCUCACCGCCAGUGUUAGACCAGAGACCAGCCAAAAGGCGAACAGUACAAAGGCAAUGCACUAUCAAAGCAACAACAACAAAUCAAGAUUCAACAACAAUGAUAAUGAUGGUAGCUUCGGGUUGAGCAGUGAAAUCUACGGGACCUUUUUUAUGCCAAAAUCAAAAUGAUGAAACAAGAAGAAUCAUAUUUACCCCCUCCGACUGCCCUGGUUGUCAUUGUAGGCACGCUGAACUUUCAGGGACAGUUAGAUUCUAUCUUCGGGCGCGGCAGUUGAAACAACGGUGCCAGUUUCUUAAAUCAGCCACCCCCCUUCUCCCCCCCGCCCCCCACCCACCACCGCUAAGCCUAGCCCCCCCCCCCCCCUUGGUAGCAGUAGGGGUGGAUUCACCACAGCAAAUCUGGCAGGUGGGGUAAAGUGUGGGUACCCCCACCUCUUCCAAGACGUCUAGUUUAGCACGGUUGGCUACGUACGGUGCGACAGAAAUUCAGCGUACAUACAUUAUCAGCCACCGUACGUGAUACUGGCUGGAUGAAGACCUCUCCGUGCCGUCAUCAUCUGUCACGGUCCUGCGACACAACAACAAGUUCAGCACACAUACAUGAUCAGCGUGAAAGAGCGAGGCCCUUCUGGCAGCAGUGGUGCGAGCAAGCAAUUGCAGGGCUGCACCUUUACCCUUUACAACCCCCACAUACUGCCCCCCCCCGAUUCCCCUCCCCCUUACCCCCACCACCCCCCGAGAGAAUGUGUACCCAAUCAACAAUUCACUUGCCCACCAGCCGCCACUGAUGAUGAUUAUGAUGGAGUUCAUUUACCCCCGAACGCCUCGGCUGAGUCUCAAAACUAGUUCUCAAGAGGGUCCCUGCUACAAUGGGACAUUUCUUUUGUAAGUUAAUCGUGUUUGUUUUGUGUGUAUGUGCGUGUGUUGGGGUGGGGGGAGUGGGACCCCGGGAGAAACCCCACCACGCAUACGAGGGUGACACUCAGACAGCUGGACAGGCGAGUUCACGAAACCCACGUGCUGUGCUGCGCAUUUUCAUGGCCACCUCGCAGCUCAGCGGGUUUGGAAAUCUCACCGAUCUUUGCGUGAUCCACCGACCCUUAGGCUCCCAAGUGCUUAGAUCACCGACGCGAAUCGCUGCCACGCAAAACCUCAAUGAGUCUCAAUAGCCCUCAGUGUAGAGCAGUGCUUCUUCAGCUUGACUGCAGCCUUGCAUCCCUUUGGUUAUCAAUCGUUAAAACAAUGUGUAAUGUUAAUACAAAAACAUCGGGGUUGAUUAAACAAAGUAAGUUGUU